UAACCUUCCCUUUCUUAACCGAAACCGUCUGCCGUCUACAAAAUACACAAUAUUAUAUUACAAGUUAGAUAGAUUUAUUUAUUAUAAUGACAUUAAUUAGAGAAAAAAUUGAUAAACUAAUAAAUGAGGUAAAAGAGUUGAAACAAACACUAAUAGAAAAGGAAGAAGAAAUAUUUAGGUUACAAAAUGAAGUGAAAGCAGAGAAGAUGAAGCCCUCAGAUCACAUACUUUCAAACAAAGAUAUAGUUCGGUACUCAAGACAGAUGAUCAUUCCUCAAAUUGGAGUUCAAGGUCAGAAAAGGCUGAAGGACCUGUCAGUGCUGGUAGUGGGGGUGGGGGGCCUAGGAUGUCCAGCUGCUACCUACCUGGCUGGAGCGGGGGUUGGCCGCAUCGGACUAGUUGAUUAUGACGUGGUCGAGGAAAACAACCUUCAUCGCCAACUUCUGCAUAAUGAACACUUGGUAGGAAAGCCAAAAGUAGAAUCAGCUGCAAUUGCUUUGAAAAAGUUAAACAGUGAAAUACAAGUGGAUCAACAUCAAGCACAGUUAAGCAGCAGCAACGCCCUUGACAUGAUUAAAGAAUAUGAUGUGGUGGUUGACGCUAGUGAUAAUGUGGCGACCAGGUACCUGGUGAGCGACGCGUGUGUCCUUGCAGAUCGUCCGCUGGUGUCAGGCAGUGCGCUGCAGAUGGAAGGACAGCUGACCGUCUACAAUCACGCAGGAGGUCCGUGUUACCGGUGUCUCUACCCCCAGCCACCCCCUCCACACACUGUCACCAACUGCAGCGAUGCUGGAGUCCUGGGUGCAGUUCCAGGUGUAAUCGGCACUCUACAGGCCCUGGAGGUAGUGAAGAUUGCCCUGAAGAUGCCCGGAGUGUUGAGUUCAAGGCUGUUGUUAUUUGACGGGGAAGAUUGUGUGUUUCGCAACAUCAAGUUGAGGCAGAAACGUGAGGAUUGUGCAGUGUGUGGAAAAAACCCUUCUAUCCAUCAGCUGGUGGACUACGAGCAGUUUUGUGGAGCUAAGGCAAACGAUAAGGAGUGGAGUUUGUCAAUAUUGUCGGAUGAGGAGAGAAUCUUGCCACAAGAGUUACACAAUGUAAUGCAGUCCAAGCCUUACAUUGUUGUGGAUGUCCGUCAGCCGCUUGAGUACGAGAUGUGUCAUAUUCCAAACUCCGUCAACAUUCCACUUCCCACCAUCACUCGGAAUGUGACCCUUAUUAAGGCUCUUACUGAACCUGCAGGAGAUUCCGUCUUAGUGUGCAUGGUUUGUAGAAGAGGCAACGAUUCCCAGCUGGCUGUGAGAGAUUUGAAGGCAGUUUUGGAUACCUCGUCAAUAAUACUGAAGGAUCUGAAGGGUGGACUGCAUGCCUGGUCUACCGAUGUCGACCCCAACUUCCCUAUCUACUGAUGCUAAGCUGGGCUGUGUUAAUAAAUAAAUAUGUAUAUAAUAAUCAG